GGGAGCAGGUAAACUGUAUUAAAAUGCUGACAUUUCAAGUGUUUUCUCAUGUAAAGGAGAGAGGUCCAUCAUUUGUCUAUCAAAAGAAAGUCAGGCAUUUGUUUAUGUAGCCUCAUAUGUUUUGCUUGAGAUAGAAGGAGGUUGGAAUCUACAGUGGGUAUUUAGAAACUCUAUGUCUUGUCAGGAAUUUUCAAUAAAAGUCUUCAGAAGUAAGAUAUGAUUUAAAAACACUAUGAAGAGCAGUUAGACACUACCAAUCCCAAGUGCUACCUCAGGUCUAAGAUUGUGUUCUAUAUCAAUGUUUUCAUUCUUGUUUCUGAUUUUAAAUUCCCUUCAGCUUAGUUUUGGGCCGUUUGACACCAUCCUGAGUGACAGAGGCCAGUUUUCUUCUCUCUACCAGACAGCUCCAAAUGACUCAUCUCUGUCACUUGGCAUUGUCUCUUUGAUGAUUCAUUUCAGCUGGACCUGGGUGGGGUUGGUCCUCAUAGAUAACCAUAAAGGAAUUCAGAUUCUAUCAGACUUGAGAGGAGAGAUGCACAGAAACAGAGUGUGUAUAGCUUUCAUGAAAACGAUAUCUGAAAACUUGAGUUUCUUUAACUAUGCAUACAAAGGAACUCUUGAGCUGCUCAUGAUAUCAUCUGCAAACGUGAUUAUCAUUUAUUAUGACAAUGAAUCCUUACUUUUCAUGAUCAUAAAUGCAAUGAAUUUGUUAAUAACAUGGAAAGUAUGGGUCAUGAAUUCACAAUUGGAUGUCGGUACUGUUAAAGAACCUUUUCCUUUUGAUUCAUUUCAUGGGACUCUCCUUUUUGCAAACCACCAUGAUGAGAUUUCUGAUUUUAGAAAGUUUAUGCACAAAUAUACCCCUUCUAAUUACCCAGAAGACCAUUAUCUUGCUCUUAUUUGGAAUACGUUCUUCAAUUGUUCUUUGUCUGUACCUGGUUGUGAAAUAUCAGGUAACUGUCUAUCCAAUGCUUCAUUGGAAUUAUUUCCUUCAAAUCUGUGGAACAUGGACAUGACUGAAGAAGGUUACAAUAUCUAUAAUUCUGUAUAUGCUGUGGCUCACAGUCUUCAUGAAAUGAGUGUCAAACAAGUGCAAAUUCAACCUCAUGUAAAUGGGGAGGAUAAGGCCCGCCCCUGGGAGGUAAUGUCUCUUCCUGUGUAUUUUACCAAUAGCGAUGUGACAUACUGUGUAUUUACAAAAAUACGCAAUAUACUAUUGUACUUCAUAGCAGAUUUUACCAAAGAUCACAUGCCAAGCUGUUUGCAAUUACUUGUCUAAAAAUCAUUACAUUGCAGAUAAAUUGUGUCAUUGGUAAUAAAAAGGAUGAAAUAUAUGUAUGUCAGUAUCCACUUUGUAUUACAAAUGUUCUCAGAAUCUCAUGAUAAUAGGCUCAAUUUGAUACCCAAUUCUGCUUAAUACAUUUCAGUACCGAAAUAGGUGAAGUAGAUCCUAAGCUGUCAUUUGCUAUUAAAGCUGUAAAGUUUAAAUGUUGAAGCAAUGACUAUGUUAGCUAACUGACCAUUUUAUUACACUUUGGAAAUCAACAUAAAAAUUUAAAAACUGAAAAUUGAUCAUUUUCCUUAAAUAAUUGUCUAUAGCUACCAAUUGCAAAUUUUGAAUAUUUGCCUCAAUGAGCAUUCUUGUGAUAUCCUUGAUUUUCUAUGUGUGUGUGUUUGUUUGUGUUGUGCUUUCUUUUGACACUCACUCAAGGUGUAGAAACAUUAUGAGUGUGUCAUUUUGGGGACUUUCAUCAUUAAAGUCAUUAAUAGCUUGUAACUUGCAUUCAGAUAAGAGAUUAAAGUCAAUGUGAGACUUUGGUUCUUUGGGUUCUGUUGAGUAUUUAUGGGACUAAAUUCAUCAUAAGA